CCGUUCAAAACAUACUCCAAGUUCCGUCUGUCUGUCCCCGAGAGUCCUCAUGAAGAUGUCUCAAAAUACUCCAGACAAAGACGAUCAAUCGUCAACGAACAAGAAAACCAUCUCCCUCCCGAUAUCCAGAGUGAGGUUGAUAAUGAAGAGCUCCCCCGAUGUGUCCUGCAUCAACCAGGACGCUCUGUUUCUCACCACCAAGGCAACAGAGCUGUUCGUCCAGCACCUGGCUGUGGCUUCAUUCAACAACGGCCCCGGUAAAGAAACCAACUCGCUGUCAUACACCGACCUGGCUAACACCGCAGAGGAGAUGGAUACCUUCCACUUCCUAACAGAUAUCCUGCCUAAGAAGAUCUUGGCUCGAGAUUAUCUUCAAUCUUUGGAGCAAAUGCAAGAAGAAGAAGAUGACAACAACAAUGACGACGACGACGCUGCUGACUUUUAAAAAGGACAUUGGCUGCAUCUCACGUCUGAACUGAUGUUAUCAAACGUACAUGUCCUGUCAUUCAAAGAGAGAUCUGGCAGAAGAGACGUCCUAAACUUUGUUCAGCUGAGAGUUCAGCUGUAGGGAUAAUGGAAGACAUUAGUGGACAUUGAACUGAAAGUAAAGCCACAUAUUGGAAAAUGUGAAAUCAAGUGAAGACCUCAAAAGAUCACCUUCAAACACUUCAGUCUUAAAGGAAUGUAGAAAUUGUACUGUAUGUCUGAGAUGGAUACUUGAUGCCAGAAAUCUAAAUUUGUAACAAUGGCCUAAACAAAGCAGCCGUAGCUGCAAUCACGCCUCAAGAUUUUGAUGUUUUCGGAUUGGCCCGGAUUGGAUCUUUGAAGGUUUUCUGGGAGCUAUGUCUGAUAGAUAUCGUGCUUGUUUUGCAUUUAGGAGGAGUAAAUAGUUUUCUCUUAAUAACUUGCAGCCCUCUGUGGGCUAACUCCAUGUAGCGGACCAAGAAAUAAUAUUCCUCACAGCUGGCGCACGGAUGUCUCGGCUCCUGAGUUAUGAUUGGGUAAACACUUUACUUUACAGAUGAUGUGAAAUAUGUCGAUGUCACUGAUUCUAAGUUAUACAUGAUGGCUUUAAAAGAUAUCGUCAUGUUUUAGCUACGAGUAGUUUAUCAUAAAUACUUGAAAGUUGUUUAAACUAAUUAAAAGUACAAAUGCCUCUUUUUUUCUGCAUCUUAACUACAUAGCAAGUGAACAUGCUGCAUCUUUCCAAAUGAAAUGCAUUUACAAGUUCUUUGUUUAGAUUUGAUAUUAAAAUAAAGGCUCAUGCUGUCUGAUAUCCAUGUUGCUCUGCAUGUAUUUUACACCACUACCACAGACAGAAACGCGUAUGAAAAUGCAGUUUAUUCAUGUUGAAUGAUGCGUUAAACAAGUCAAUUAUUCCGCUCCCAGCUUCACAAAUGUCUUGUGGUUUUUACGAGAGGCUGCUAGCGUGACCAUGAAAUCUCCAUGUGGAACAAGUCUGCAAACUGGAAAUAUAAAACGUGAUGUAACAGCUACAUGUGCAUCAAAUCUCCCUGAUAGUGUGAGGUUUAGUUACACAUGUUACUUUUAAGUGCUUUGAUGACGUAAGGUGCAUAUUACUAACAUAAUCCUGAGCGUGCAUGCAUUUGCUACAUUGUUGUACGAUAAUGUACAUGAAUAUAUCAAUACAGCACAAAUAGGACAACCGGUCCUUGUUACUGUCACUGCCGGAUGAGUUUGUGCAGUCUAAGCUGCAUGUUAAGCAAAGUAUUCUCUAAUUUAGAAAAAUGACUCUCCAGGAUGUUUGCCAUGUGCUCUCUUCCAUCUAUGGCGUCUCUUGUGUUGGCAAGAUGCUCCUUCAUGCUGAAAGAGAUGACAAACCACAGUUUUUUUUCACACAU